AUACCAGUGAAAAAGAAAACAUGAUGUGGACGGAAACUAUGGAUAAUGCAUUCAUACAAUCCAUGAUAACGCAAGAGACCAAUGGUUAUAGGAUUGGUGGAAAUUUUACUCCACAAGUAUACAAAAAUAUGGUUGCGGAGCUUAGCACAAAUCUUCAAAUGACUUUUACCAAAGCUCAUUUGAAGAAUCGUUUAAAGACGUUAAAACACCGUUUUUCUGCCUGGUAUGAUAUGUUUCAGGGAACGUCAUUAAGUGGGUUCUCAUGGAAUCCUGAAACUCAACUAAUUGAAGCGGUGGAUGAAGUCUGGCAAAAAUUAAUAGACUCAAAGUCAAAAGUUGUAGCGUUGAAGACGAAGAAUGUUACAAACUAUCAUGAAAUGCUAGAACUAUUUGCAAAGGAUAGGGCAUUAGGUGCACGAGCUGACACUCUUAAAGAAAGAAAUGCUCGAUUGCAGAAGGAUUAUGGCAUUAACACAGAAACACCUCCAGAACUGGAUGAAUUGUUAGUUGCCAAUGAUGUAACUCUAGAGAGCCAAUACAAUCAUGAUGAUGAUGUUCAUGUGGUUGAUACUACGUCUUCUCUACCUAAGUAGUCUUCUAGUGCAAAGAAAUAUAAGAGUAGAAAAAGAAAAGUCGAACAAGAAGAUGAUGGUUUAACCUCAAUGAUUAUGAAUGGUGUUGGCAGCAUAGCUAAUGCUAUUGCUGAAGGUAAUAAAAUUAUUUAGGAAAGCAAUGAAAUACUUGAAAGAGUUCAUCAUCACGAGUACACAGGUGAUGAAAUUAUUAAAGAGUUGGAAUCGAUGGGUUUGGAACCUCAAGAAAUACCACUGGCUUUCAAUUAUUUGGUGGAGAAUCAAGCUAAAGCGAGAUCAUUAUUUAGUUGUUCUCCUAAUAUACUAUUGAGUUUGCUGAGAGGUAUGAUGGGUUUAGGUAAUUAAGGACUCAAGGAUGCAUUUAUCUAGUAAAGUUUUUCUUGUUUGAUAA